UUAAUGUAAUUGAAAAUGGCUGCGCCCUUGUCGCAAGGGUUUUUACCAAAAAUGCUAAUGGUAAUGAAUGGUAGAUCUGUCAAGAAUCCCAUUUUCAGUUUACUGCAUAGUAAUAUGGCGAAUUCUAUACUUAUGAAACACAGUAAUUCUAUAAGAGCAUUGUCGAAUUGGAUGUCAACAAUUUCUGUGAAUCCACCAAACAAAGUGAAACUUUUGAUGCCAGCUGUCAUUGCAGGUCAGACACAAAGAGAUGUUCCUUCAAGGCAUUAUGGCAGAAAAACAAUUAUAAAACCUCCAAGAUAUCCCACCUUUAAAUAUGCAGGGGACUUGAGACAACUGCCAGCCCUAGACAAAGAUACAACGCUCUACCAGUACCAAACUUGUGAUCAACUUCUUCAAGGUGACGGAGUUCUAAAAAGAUUAGUUAGUGCAGACUUAGCCAAAGCGAGAGAUGUUUCACAUCAUAAAAAGGAAUUGAUACGUGACAGAAUAAUUGAGUUAUUUGGCCCUAACUCUGAACUGGAGCAGUCAAUUGCAUCACUUACCUUAGAGAUACGACAGAUGGUUCCUCGCUGUAUCACUUACAGGAGUGACAAAGUAAAGAAAGUCCAUCUCGUGAAGUGCAUCUUUAAACGAAAAAGAUUGCUAACACGGCUUAGAGAGUUGGAUCACGAGCGCUUUGAAUGGCUGCUUAGAGAGUUAAAAAUUCAGUAUGUUAUACCCAGAGAUAAGGAAGAAUAUAAAGGUUGGAAGCACAAUCUAAGAGAAUCCAUAAAGAAGAUAGCAAAUGAAAAACAGCGAGAAAAGUUAAAAGAGCUUCGGGCUAAAUUUGAAGAAGAAAAGAAGGCAUUCUUUGAAGAGAAGAAAGUAAUCCUGAGUAAGAUGGAAGCGGAUCUUGGAAAGUAUGGGCUGGGCCGUGAUUUUCUGGAGCAGUUGUUGGUUGCUAAGGAGCCAGAGCCAGACGAUGAUCUUCUGAAACAUCGCAUUAAAAAGUCUGACCUCAUAAAGCUAUUCAAUCAGCCCAAGAAAUAAAGCUGACCAAUUCAGUGAAGAUUCAACAAGAAAUACUUGUGCUAGUACUUUGUAAUUGUUAUGAUGACUAUUUUAAGGGGUGUGUCAGUCAGGUUGAUUAUGUUAGCAGGUAUUACAUUGUAGUUCUAAAAUUUCAAGCUUUUCAAUAAAAAGUUCUUAAUAAAAGUAUUUGUUCAACUACAUGUGUAAAAGUUAAUUUGAUGAGUUUAAUCUUGAAGACUGGCAGUUGAACACUUAACUGAACUUUGGGGUGUAUCAUCAUUCAACUCAAAGCAUCAAGUUGUAUGCACAAGCAAGAUUUAUAAUAUGUUAAGAUUAAAUUAGUAUAUAAUAUCAAUUACAUGCAUGAGUAAGUAAAGUUUCUCUUUAGACCUAGUAAUUCAUUGGGCAGAUGAAGUACAGUUCAUGUUUCUUGAUCUAUGCAUAUGAAGAGAUAGUGUGGUCAGCACUAUGCCUUUACUUUCCCCAACAUAAGUCAGGUACCCAUUAGAGCUGGGUGGACUCAGGGAUGUCCAACAGGCCAAAGUCUGUGACCUGAAACCUUCAGGCUAGCAGCCAAAUGCUCUACCAUUCAACC